AUGCUCUGCAGAAGGAAGGUGGUCAUAGUCUUGGAGCUCAGUCUAGCCCCAAGCUUGUUCUACACCUCCCUGCACUCUGCCAGUUGCUUUAGAAGCUCUUCAAUCUGCUUCUCUAGCUUGUCUGCAGUGGCCUUGGCCUCCUUGUAUCCCGACACCAUUAGGUCCAGUUCUGCCUUCUGCAUUGCAAAAUCAGCCAGGUUGGCUUCAGCAGCUAUCCCUAACCAAGGCUUUGCCCUAUUUGGAUAUGGGCUUGAAGAUGUACAGCAGCUCGAAGUUGGACCAGCGCUUGUCUACAACGAGAGCCUGGUCGAGCCUACAAUUUCCAUUGAGGACAUCGACGACGGCGUAGUUGACAUGGUUCUUAUGAGGCCGAGGUUUCAGAGGUCGACAAUGGAGAAGCCAAGGCGGGCGAGGGAGAGGCCGACAUGA